AUGGCACGCAAACGCAAGGCAGACCCCGUCAAGAUCGAGCUCAAGCAACCAGACCGCUCCGGUCCAUCCGACAAAACGCUCCUCGAUAUCGCCAGCGAGCGCAACCUUUUCCGACAGGCAGACGAAAAGCAAAGGGAGAACGACCUUAAAAAGCAUGGAUGGUCUGCCGUCGCUGCUGCCGAUACUACGGAAGAAGGCGAGGCCGAAAGCCUGUCUCCCCAGGCAGAACGCAUCCUAGACACUCUUCUGUGGGGUGUCAGCCUGGCCAUGCUGCACUUCACUUUUGAUGUUUUGGUUCAAAAUCAGUUCGCCAUGGAGAUCACCUGGCCCAAGGUGUUCACACGAGCCUUCCAAGCUCUCCUUGGCAAUAUCAAAACGGAAUCCGACAAGCCGUCUUCUUCGCCGCCAGCACGGCCGCUGGUUGCUAUCUCAUCCACGUCACCAACGAACAUGCCUAUCUCGCCGUCAUGA